UACAAAAUAGCAAAUACCGAAUAUUAAUUCGGUAAUAUAUAUUGUAGUAAGGGAAAACAACCCAAAUGGCGACAGGUUCACAAUAUAGAAUUAAGAUGGUUAGUAUUCUUAGCGACAAAGACCUGUUACGAUAUCAGGAAGUCUUAAAGAAACGCUCAUCGAAAAAAAAUAAACCAAAACCAUCACAUGCUUUGGUGGAGUCGAGCCCAAUAUUGGAACAAGAAAUUGUGCCGGAAUCGAGUAUUGAAAAGAGGGGAUCUCAUAAAGUGUUUAUGUAUUUACAACUUCAAGACAUCAUAAAUGUUCCGCGUGCUGAUAAUAAAAAGUUCUUCAUUAGUUUGCGCCACAAUAAUACAAAUUAUGCCGAUCAAAAGGAGUUGGAUGAAGACAGUAGAUUAAGCGCCUUCGCCAUACCGAUCGAACAAUACAAUAUGGAUGUAGCUAAUGCAUUUAGUGAUGAGCCGGUCGCUAUUAUUUUAACUGUAGUAUCAGAAGAGGAAAAUGACGCUUCUGAAAAAACAAUUGCCCAGGGGCAAAUUGAUUUGAUACAUUUUUUCACAAAUAAGCGCACAGUAGUUAGUACCGAAAUUUUGUUGUAUCCAACAUCAUUUGAACAUAUUGAUUUGGAAAUGGGAACAUGUAAAACCGUCUGGCAUGUGUAUUCUCUACUGCCAUUAAUGAGAUACGAAGAUUUUAAUAAUAUGGUCUUCAUAACGAUCGAAUCCAUAUAUAAUGCGAGCUCUGACAUCAUGGAUAUAGCUCAGAACUUGGGUGUAAGCCUAUCAUUUCGUUCUAAAUUUCCAAACGAAAUUAACGAAUUUGAUACAACAAAAAUAUGCACCUUUAAUUAUUUCAACAGAGGCUUAAUCAUUGACCAAGAUACCAGAUAUCGCUGGGCAAGUAUUUCUAUGGAUGAAUCACACAACUUGGGUCAAUCAACGGACUGUAGUAUUUCUCUUCAUAAAUUAUUCAGUGAUUUAUUAUGUACAGAGAAUGUAGAUUUCAACUUUGAUAGUAUAUCUAUGGAUAAAGAAGAAGCAUUAAUUUGUAAUUUGCUACGUCGUUACAUCUUGGAUGAAGUUUUAAAUAAUAUACUGGAAGCAGUAAUUGUGAACGACGAACAAGAGCUUAUAAUAGAGGUGUAUGAUCGCACUAAGCCAGACUAUAUUCUCUUAAGGGGCAGUAUUGACCUAUCGAUAUUUGUGUACCCAGAUGUUAACUCCUGUCGUUUUGCCGUACAUUUGAAACCUGUCGAAAUGCCGACCUUUUCCAACGACGAAACUCCUAUAAAUCCUUACCAUGAGGGGGGCAAAAUAACAUUUGGGAUUGUAAAUAUCUGCAUAUUGCAGCCCAUAACGGAAUGUCAAAUUACACGCGAUAUGUUUAGAAAGCUCUUGACACCUGAGGAAAUGAAAACUUGUGUACCUAAAAAUUCUGCGGCAGAAAUAAUUCCAGAAAAAGGCAAAGUGGACACUUGCGAAGAGAACUACAAACAUUUUGAUGCGCAAAUAUACACCCUUGUUGAUUACAUAAUAAGAAAAGAGAUACAAUACAUCGAAGAUUCGAAGGGCUUUUUGUGCUGUCAAAAGAAUGAUUUAACUCAAAAAAUUAUGAAAUUGAUUUCUUGCGAUUUCAAUGUCCGUGUGCCAACCAAGAAUAGUACAGAAUUCGCAAAUCUGAUGACGUUUGUUUACAAAAAUUUGGAAAAAAGAUGUUUUGACAUUUUGCAAAAACAUCAAAAACUCAAAACCUCACUCGAAGCCGGUCUCCAUAUUCAAAACAUAACUUUAUACAUGAGUAUAAUAAAAGUCUCGAAUGAAGUUGGUGCGGAAAAUUUAGCGAGUAUAUACAACGAAAAGCUGGAAAAACUGGAAACCACUGAGUUUCAUGUAGAAGGCUACAAAUUCUUAUACAACAUGGAGAAACAAAAUUUUAAGGAAGCUAAGAAACACAUUCGAAAACCGCUAGAUCAAAAAUUUACCUUUGGAUGUUAUUAUGAUGGCCUCUUUGAAAUUUACAUUACGUACGUAGAAACGUUGCUGGCUGAGACCACCUAUAACGAAGCUCUUCAAUAUUUACUUCGUGAGUUGGAGACCUACUCAAGCCGAUUUGCAAAAGAAUCUUCAACGUGGAUUCUUUUAUACUGUAUAUACAGUGAAUGUGGCUAUGUACCAGGCAUGAGUUAUACUCGAUUGAAAUUUGAGAAUUUGAAAAAAGAGUUUACCAGAAAUACUCAACGGCCGUUAAGCCUUUGGGAUCUUUAUUGUAAACAAAGCCUCGAAUUUACAUCUAAAAGGGCAAAGGAAUUUUACAAAGCCGUCCAAGAAUUCUUGGAACUAGGAUUGUAUAAGUUUGCACAAAUAAUUUUUGAGCAAAUCUUAAUUGAAUGCACUGAAGCGGAAAAGUAUUUCGUUACGACCACUUUACAAAUUCUACUUCGAGAAAUAACGGACGCAUAUUCGUUGCGAACAUUUCAAGGGCUUCAAACGACAAUUUUCCAAUCGCAUAUCAAUGGACAUUUGCAUUAUUACCUUGGCAAUAAAUCUGCUGCCAAAGAGUGUUAUGCUGUAAUUCUGCAUAACACUCAAAACCUGGAUGAUGUCGGAGUUUUCCAAAUGAGCAUAAUGCGUUAUGCCAACUAUUUAUUUGAACAUGGCAAAUAUGAGAAAGCAAUCAGUGCAUAUGGGGAAUGUACGAGAAUCAGUAAUUGCAGUGUGAAGGCGCUUUAUGACCUUGGAAGGGCCUUUUAUCGCUUGGGAAAAUAUCAAAAGGCGGAACAAAAGUUUUCGUCUUGUACCAAUCAUGGCAUACAUUUACCAGAUGUGUGGGGCUACUUGGCAUUGGUUAAUCUCAAAACGAAUAACACAUUUAAAGCUCUUGAAUCUUGGAAAUAUGCGAAAAUUAACCCGAAUAAUGUUAUAAGUGAAGAAAUUUAUAGUGAAUUGAAGAAAAUCGAUUUGAAUGAAAUAACAUUAAUUAUUGAUGCUGCUGAUGCUGCUGCCGGCACCAACUGCUAUAGAAACGCUUGAAAAUAUAAAUUCACGCUUUAAAUUAAAUGUUUGAGGAUGUCUACAUCUUUUAUAUUCAAUGUAUAUAAUAUAUUUUAGAUGCAUAAUGUAUGUAUAAACUUAUACUAACAUUAAAAAAAAUACAUUUGCC